AUCAAGUUGGUAAACGUUAUAGCUCUGUCUUUCUCGACGCCCCAUGGCAACGCUGAAAGUCAUCACUCUGCACCUACAUCUCAUUUUUGUGCUCUUUCGUAGCACAUCCACCGCAGCCAUUGCCACAAGACUCUCCUCCCAGAAUAUCCCUAGAACUCCCCCUCCUCUUCCAAUUCUUCCUCUUCCCUCUGCUUCCCAGCUCGCUUGGCAGCAGGGAGAAAUGGCCAUGUUUCUCCAUUUCGGCCCAAAUACCUUCACAGACUCUGAGUGGGGCUCCGGCCAUGCUGAUCCGUCUGUCUUCUUUCCUACAAAGCUCGACUCUCGUCAGUCCGUCGCCCCCGCCGCCGGCUUCUCUCGCGUUGUUCUCACCGCCAAGCACCAUGACGGCUUCUGUCUUUGGCCUUCCACAUACACUAAUUACUCUGUCCGCUCUAGCCCUUGGCGCUCCGGUGACGGUGACGUCGUUGCUGAACUUGCCGCCGCCGCUCACGAAUUUGGUCUUGGCCUUGGGUUAUACCUCUCACCGUGGGAUCGUCACGAAGGUUGUUACGGAAAAUCAAUAGAAUACAAUGAGUAUUUUUUGGGGCAAAUGACGGAAUUGCUUACCAGGUAUUCUCUUGAGGGGGAUCCAUAUGGGCAUGACUGGGUUGCUCCUGAGUGCGAUUUAUCCAUCAGGACCGGUUGGUUUUGGCACAGUUCUCAAAACCCCAAGUCUCCCAUAACCCUACUUGACAAAUACUACACUUCAGUGGGCAGAAACUGUCUCCUUAUACUAAAUGUUCCCCCAAAUUCAUCUGGCCUCAUAUCUGAUGAAGAUAUUCAGGUUCUUCAGAAUUUUACUGCAAUGAGACAAACCAUUUUCUCACAUAAUUUAGCUAAGGAUGCCAUUGUUUCUGCCACUAACACAAGAGGAGGUCCGAAUGAAACUCAUUUCACCCCUUCAAAUGUAAUUGAAGAAGGUAUUUACUCCUAUUGGGCUCCCAAUCCCAAAGAGCUCCAAGCUAAUUGGACAUUAAUCCUGGACCUCAGACAAUUGAAGUCUUUCAAUGUAUUGCAAGCCCAGGAGCCAAUUCAAAUGGGACAGCGUGUAGUUGAGUUCCAUGCUGAUGUUCUCACAGAAGGGGUGUGGAAAAGGAUAGCUUUUUCUCUUCCUAUUUUUAUGCUUAGGUAUUCUCUUGAGGGGGAUCCAUAUGGGCAUGACUGGGUUGCUCCUGAGUGCGAUUUAUCCAUCAGGACCGGUUGGUUUUGGCACAGUUCUCAAAACCCCAAGUCUCCCAUAACCCUACUUGACAAAUACUACACUUCAGUGGGCAGAAACUGUCUCCUUAUACUAAAUGUUCCCCCAAAUUCAUCUGGUCUCAUAUCUGAUGAAGAUAUUCAGGUUCUUCAGAAUUUUACUGCAAUGAGACAAACCAUUUUCUCGCAUAAUUUAGCUAAGGAUGCCAUUGUUUCUGCCACUAACACACGAGGAGGUCCUAAUGAAACUCAUUUCACCCCUUCAAAUGUUAUUGAAGAAGGUAUUUACUCCUAUUGGGCUCCCAAUCCCAAAGAGCUCCAAGCUAAUUGGACAUUAAUCCUGGACCUCAGACAAUUGAAGUCUUUCAAUGUGUUGCAAGCCCAGGAGCCAAUUCAAUUGGGACAGCGUGUAGUUGAGUUCCAUGCUGAUGUUCUCACAGAAGGAGGGGUGUGGAAAAGGAUAGCAAAUGGAACAACCAUCGGAUAUAAAAGACUUGUACUAUUUCCUGUUGUAAAAGCUCAGUUUUUGAGGUUUGUUAUUGACAAAUCUCGUGCUGAUCCACUUAUAUCCUAUCUGGGCUUAUAUUUUGACCCCUAUUCCAUGACACAUAAUCUACUUAAUACAAGUAGAAGGCCUUCUUUUGACAAUAUCAGAGCCAUCGAUCUGAGAAGUAAUAAAACUUCUAGCAGUGUGACUAUAACAUAGUUAUGCAUGAUUCUCUGCACUGGAACUCACAUCCUUGAACUUCACUUUCUAUGAUUCAAUGGAAGAACGCCUAUAAGAAGGAUAACCCUUCUAAGGCUUGUUCUAUCCAGUUUCAGGUAAGGCUGUACUCAUCAAAUCUAUAAUAGGUAUGUUAUCUGUUUGCUGCUUUGUUUCCUCAACCCAGAGUUGUGGCUACGAAGAAUCUCUUGGUAAGUCUUUGUUAUUGCAUUAUUCUGAGUAAUAAAUAGUGGCCUCAAUUUAUUUUGAGUUACAGUUCAGGUUGGAAAUCAGACAAAUUUGUAUGUGUUGUCUUUUUCUUUCUGUUAAUAUUGUGGUGCGGAAGGCGGGCAUCUUGAAUAGUGAGCUAUUUUGGUGCUUGUUUUCUUUAACUAUCAUUGUUGUGAAAUGAUGUAACAGAUUGAUUGAGUGAGCUCUGGAUUCUUAUUUCGCUCGUAUUGAUUUCUCAAGUACAUUAGCCGUGUGUAUGCAUAUUUG